AUGCUCAACAUUGGCAUCUUCCCCGCCUCGGGCGGUCUAGGGAGCAGCACCUACACCCAUCUCCUGAACCAUGUGCCCAACGAUAAAGUGACUCUCAUCGCCCGCUUCCCAGAAAAGAUCCCGGGAACUUAUGUUCAGAACGGAGCUCGUGUCCGCAAAGCCUCAUACGAGUCUGACCCUCAAGAGCUUGAGGCGGCCUUUGCUGAUAUCGAGGUGUUGUUCCUCAUUUCCUAUCCAAGUCACGUUCGGGACUAUCGCGUCAAGCGCGACGAGCUAGGCGAAGCCACGGCCAAGCUGAUCGAGCGGUACGCUGCCGACCCGGCCGCCUUCGAGUUUGUCAACGCCAAGGUGCUGCUGACGGGUAACAAGCCGUGGACGCUGGCGGAGACGGUCCGGUGUUUGGGCGAAGCCUUGGGAAAAGAGGUUAGGAUCCGGGAGGUGAGCGUGGAAGAGUACGCGAGGCAGACGCAGGUCGAGGGUCGUUUCGGGUCUGCGGCCGUGGCUGAAUCGUGGGCGACGGCGUGGGAGGCGAUUCGGGCUGGCGAGACGGCUGUCGUGACUCGCACGUUGGCCGAAAUCCUGGGCAGAACGCCGGAAGAUUUUGAUCAGACGAUCAAACAACUCCUUUCUCAACAGCGAGAUUAA